AAAAAGUAGCUCCUGUCAUUAACCGCCACAAAAAAACGAUUGCGCUUCGCUUCUCUUUUGGAAUUUAUGGUACUGUAACAAGGCUUGCUUUUGUUUCGCAGCGUAUUAAACUUGAAAAAUAUCAUAACGAAACUCAUCAACAAUCCAUGGUUAGCAUCUAAUAUCGCAAAACGAAAAGAUUUAAAUGAAUUUAUCGGUGCGUCGUUGUUUUUUGGAUCAAUAUUACCAUGUCUGAAUAGCGUCCGCCUAGCGUCGAAACCAAAUGGAGACGAAAUCUGGCGUUGGCAUUCAAGAUCAUUGGAUGAAGAGUAUGAUGGAACCGGCUGGCGGCGAUAAAAAUGAUGGUCGGUUAGUAAAAAGAGAGAAAAUGGGUGAAUCUUACAAUGGACCUGAGAAUGUAACAUACGACAUGAAACAGCAACAAAACGAAACCAGGUACCGCUGUGAUGUUUGUGAUUUAACAUUUGAAGGUAUGGAAUUUUUAAUAUUACAUAAAAAAUUUCAUGGCAACGACAAGGAUGCGCCGAUUCUAGAGCCAGAACCAACAGUCUCUAAAGAGGGACCGAAAAAGCGGCGCAAAUUUAAAUGUGACCAGUGCGACGUGAAAGUGAACUCUCAGUAUCACUUGGAUAUACAUCGCAGUAAACAUGAGGGGUCUGCGUCAAAGAAAUUCAUUUGUGAAGUGUGUGACAGGAGUUUUGUUGCAGCACAAUUUUUGAAAAGUCAUAUGCAGACUCAUUCGUCAACGAGCACAAUAAACUGUGAGAUAUGUAAUAAAAGUUUCACAGGUCAGGCGUAUCUCAAACUUCAUAUGCAGCUACAUAAUGAUAUUAAGAAAUUUAAAUGUUCCAAAUGUGAUGAAAUGUUUCCUACGAAAAAUUGCCUUAAAAUACACAUGAAGAAGCACACAAAAGUAAAAAAUUUCAAAUGUGAUUACUGUCAUAAGCAAUUUGUAUCGAAAAUCACAAUGGAGAAACACAGACAGACACAUGAAGGGCAGCCCAUAGACUGUCAUGUGAAAUGUACACAAUGUGACAGAACGAUGCAUUCAUCGUUAUUAAGGACUCAUAUCACAAGAGCUCACCCCCUCACAGUGGAGGAUGAUGUGAAACGACCACACAAGUGUUCAACUUGUGGUAAGAGUUUUAUUGUAAAAAUCAACUUGAAUCUUCACAUACGAGUCUGCCACCCGGAUUUAGCAGAACCCGAAGAUGAAGAAGAAGAGGUCAUGACAGACAACUCUUAGCUUAUAAUAAUUAAGACAUACAAUACUUAUAUGUAUUACUAAAUAAUAUACUUUUUUAUGCUAACCAUUUAUUUGUAAUUAUACAAAUAUUAUUUUUCAAUAA